AUGGAAUUACACGCGUUGAAUUCUGGACGGACACCUAGGGUUGUGACUGCUAUGACUAUGUUGAAGCAGUAUCUCUUCAGACAUCAAGGACAGAUCGGAGCCGCGUUGGUUCUUGGUGGUGUAGAUGAGACUGGGACAAAUCUGUUUACGGUUGCGCCUCAUGGGAGCACGGACAAGCUUCCGUACGUGACUAUGGGAUCGGGAAGUUUGGCAGCUAUGGCUGUCUUUGAGAGUCAAUGGCAGAAAGAUCUUGAUAGACAAUCUGCCAUAGAUCUUGCAAGCGCCGCCAUCUCAGCCGGUAUCUUCAACGAUCUAGGCUCAGGUUCGAACGUUGACGUGUGUGUCAUAACGGCCCAAGGGUCCGAAAUGUUGCGGAAUUUACAUAAACCGAACGAGAGGGGUUUGAAGGAAAAGAAUUACAAGUUCCUUAGAGGUACGACGGCUUGGUCGAGCGAGAAGAUUAGGAGUCUUGUGGUGAAGGAGGUUCAGACGUCUGUUGGUAGGGAUGAGGCGGCGAUGGAUACCAGUUAAGGCUUGAGGAGGAGAGAGAGGGGACGAGGGAGGGGGCGAACUAAUAGUUUCUCUUUGUAUUCGUAUAUUGCUUGUCAUUCGAAUAUUUUUCGUUGGCGCGCUUCAAA